AUGAAGCAUCUCUACCUGGCGGUACUUACUGCCGCCGCCUGGCACCUGGUGCAGGCCCAGGGCCCAUGUGUCCCGGGUGUGACCUGUGCCACGUUCAACUGCAGCGUUGACAGUCGGUGCCCGCUAGUGAACCCACCGCAGGGACCAGUCCUGCUGGAACAUCCAAACUGCGGCAAAUUCUACAAGUGCUCUAAUGGUGAAGCUUGCGUGUUCGAUUGUCCAGCCAAUUUGCAUUUCAACCCUGCGAUUCUGGCAUGUGAUUGGCCGGAGCGAGCCUGCUGUGAUGCUACCAUUCCGUGUCUGCCACAGGAUCCUUGCAUACCCGGUGUAACCUGUCCUCCGCCUUCGGAGGCACCUCCAGUUCCGACACCUCCACCACCACCAGUACCGACGCCGCCACCACCACCAGUUCCGACUGCUCCUCCGCCGCCAAUUCCGACGCCUCCUCCACCACCGGUUCCGACACCUCCGUCACCAGUUCCGACAGCUCCAACGCCACCAGUCCCUGGACCGUGUCCUGGCUGUACGAGCUGUGUUCCGGAUGUCCGUUGCCCGAUAUCGGAGGAUCCAAACAACCCGACCAUAUUCGAACACGAGUCUAACUGCGGCCAGUUCUACAAGUGUGAUCUCGGCAGCCGGUGUUUGGUCUCGUGUCCACCCGGGCAACACUUCAGCCGCGUGUUGAGACGCUGCGAGUGGCCCAAUGUGGCGUGUUGUGACCCGUCAGUGCAGUGUACGGGAACGAAUCCGGGCAACUGCGUCCCAGAUGUGCGCUGCCCGAUGAAUGAGAACCCUAAUAAUCCCACCAUAUUCGAGCAUGAAUCUAACUGCGGACUGUUCUACAAAUGCGACCUCGGCAAUCGCUGCUCGUUGUCCUGUCCACCCGGGCAGCACUUUAGCCGGCAGACUCGUAGCUGCGAGUGGCCGAACGUGGCGUGCUGUGAUCCCAUGGUACCAUGUACAGGACCGGACAAUGCGCACUGUGUUCCCGACGUUCGCUGCCCGCUAAACGACAAUCCUAACAAUCCGACCGUGUUCGAGCACGAAUCUAACUGCGGAAUGUUCUACAAGUGUGACAUCGGUAAUCGGUGCGCGGUGUCCUGUCCACAAGGACAACACUUUAGCCGCGAAACACGACGCUGCGAGUGGCCAAAUGUGGCCUGUUGUGACCCAUCGGUUCCCUGUACAGGACCGAAUCCGGGUGUGACGUGUCGCCCGGAUAGCCGCUGUCCGGUGUUUGAAGAUCCUUUCAAUCCAACGCUUCUGCCGCACAGCACCUCCUGCAGUAUGUUCUACAAAUGCUCCACCGGACAGGCGUGUGAGAUACCGUGCAUGGUUGGUCACUUCAGCGUGGCAUUGCAGCGUUGCGAAAGGCCAGAAAUUGCGUGCUGCGAUCCUUCGGUGCCAUGCCAGAAUCCUUGCAUUCCUGGUGUAACUUGUCCUCCAACGGGACCGACACCAGCUCCGACACCGGCACCCACACCGGCACCUACACCGGCACCUACACCAGCUCCAACUCCAGCACCCACUCCUGCACCUACUCCUGCACCUACUCCAGCGCCAACACCAGCUCCUACUCCCAGUCCCGGUGACCCGUGCAUUCCCGGUGUCACUUGUCCCCCAGGAGAUGCUGGAAACUGCGUGGUUGACGCACGAUGCCCAGCAUGGAACGGUCCUACGCCAACUCUGUUGCCGCACACAAAGUGCACGAUGUUCUACAAGUGCGAUAAUGGUAGAGCUUGUGAGCAUAAUUGUCCCGCUGGGUUACACUUUAACACCGCACUGAGUGUGUGCGAUUGGCCUACCAGUGCGUGUUGUGAUCCUACGGUACCGUGCAAUCCUCCCUGUAUUCCGGGAGUAACAUGUCCACCGACAGGACCAACACCUGCACCGACACCUGUCCCAACACCGGCGCCAACUCCAGCGCCAACACCUGCUCCUACACCUGCUCCAACACCUGCUCCUACACCUGCUCCAACACCUGCUCCAACACCUGCUCCAACUCCAGCGCCAACUCCAGCGCCAACUCCAGCCCCUACACCAGCACCUACUCCUACUCCUGGUGACCCAUGCAUUCCCGGUGUCACUUGCCCUCCAAGUGAUGCAGGAAAUUGCAAAGCAGACUCCCGAUGUCCACCAAGGAACGGUCCAACACCUACUCUUCUUCCUCACGUCAAUUGUGGAAUGUUCUACAAGUGUAAUAAUGGAUUCGCAUGUGAACAUAAAUGUCCGGCUGGAUUGCAUUUCAACACCGCGUUGGAUGUAUGUGAUUGGCCCAGUAGUGCCUGCUGCGACCCCACAGUACCAUGCAGUCCUCCCUGCAUUCCUGGUGUAACAUGUCCACCGACGGGACCAACACCUGCACCGACCCCUGUCCCAACGCCGGCGCCAACUCCAGCACCAACACCUGCUCCAACACCUGCUCCUACACCUGCUCCUACACCUGCUCCAACACCUGCUCCAACACCUGCUCCAACACCUGCUCCAACUCCAGCGCCAACUCCAGCGCCAACUCCAGCCCCUACACCAGCACCUACUCCUACUCCUGGUGACCCAUGCAUUCCCGGUGUCACUUGCCCUCCAAGUGAUGCAGGAAAUUGCAAAGCAGACUCCCGAUGUCCACCAAGGAACGGUCCAACACCUACUCUUCUUCCUCACGUCAAUUGUGGAAUGUUCUACAAGUGUAAUAAUGGAUUCGCAUGUGAGCAUAAAUGUCCGGCUGGAUUGCAUUUUAACACCGCGUUGGAUGUAUGUGAUUGGCCCAGUAGUGCCUGCUGCGACCCCACAGUACCAUGCAGUCCUCCCUGCAUUCCUGGUGUAACAUGUCCACCGACGGGACCAACACCUGCACCGACCCCUGUCCCAACGCCGGCGCCAACUCCAGCGCCAACACCUGCUCCAACUCCAGCGCCAACACCUGCUCCUACACCUGCUCCAACACCUGCUCCUACACCUGCUCCAACGCCUGCUCCAACUCCUGCCCCUACACCUGCACCCACUCCUGCUCCAACACCUGCACCAACUCCUGCUCCAACACCUGCACCAACUCCCGGAGAUCCAUGCAUUCCCGGCGUUACUUGUCCGCCUGGUGAUGCAGGUAACUGCAUUGCAGACUCCCGAUGUCCUCCAAGGAACGGGCCUACACCAACUCUAUUACCACAUGUCAAUUGUGGAAUGUUCUACAAGUGUAACAAUGGAUUCGCGUGUGAACACGACUGUCCAGCUGGAUUGCACUUUAACGUCGCAUUGAGUGUGUGCGAUUGGCCCAGUAAUGCAUGCUGUGAUCCCACAGUACCAUGCAGUCCUCCCUGCAUUCCUGGUGUAACAUGUCCACCGACGGGACCAACACCUGCACCUCCAACUCCUGCCCCUACACCUGCACCCACUCCUGCUCCAACGCCUGCACCAACUCCCGGAGAUCCAUGCAUCCCCGGCGUUACUUGUCCGCCUGGUGAUGCAGGUAACUGCUUUGCAGACUCAAGAUGUCCUCCAAGGAACGGAGCUACGCCAACUCUUUUGCCUCACCAGCAGUGUUCGCUGUUUUACAAGUGCAACAACGGCAAAGCGUGCGAGCAUAACUGUCCACCAGGAUUACAUUUCAAUUCUGCGUUGAACGUAUGUGAUUGGCCCAGCAGUGCGUGUUGUGAUCCGACGGUACCGUGCAAUCCUCCCUGCAUUCCCGGAGUAACAUGUCCACCGACGGGACCAACGCCUCCUCCGCCAACACUUCCUCCUCCAACACUUCCUCCUCCAACACUUCCUCCACCAACACCGCCCCCACCGCCUACACCUACUCCAACACCAUCGGAUCCUUGUAUUCCAGGAGUGACGUGCCCACCAAACAACUGUUUCAACGACAUGCGCUGUCCGGCUCUUGACGGAGUGAAACCGACUCUGUUCGCACACGCAAACUGCGGCAAGUUCUACAAGUGCUCCAACCGGAAGGCCUGCGAGCACUCCUGCCCACCGGGUCUGCAUUUCAAUGCGAGGGAGUUCGUGUGCGACUGGCCAGGAAGUGCGUGCUGCGAUCCGACUGUACCCUGCAAUCCGCCCUGCAUUCCGGGCGUUACAUCCACCUUAGCCACCGGUCAGCAACCCUGUGACCCAUCGGUUACCUGCCCCACGUUCAACUGCCAUCCACAUCCGAAUUGCCCGGCCCGGGACCCACUGUAUCCGGUGCUGCUGCCCCACAGCGACUGCUCCAAGUUCUACAAGUGCAACAGCGGCAAUGCCUGCGAGCAGCUCUGCCCAGUCGGACUACACUACGAUCCCAAGGAGCAGGCAUGCAACUGGCCAAAUCUAGCCUGCUGCGAUCCGAACAUUCAGUGCGGUCCACCCGAUCCAGGCCAAAACGAUUGCGUCCCCAACCCCAACUGUCCGGCUUCAUCAUCCAAGGCGAUCCUGCUGCCACACACCAACUGCGCCAAGUUCUACAAGUGCUCCGGUCCAUUCGCCUGCCCGAUGGACUGUCCGCCAUUGUUGCAUUUCAACCCGAAGGAAAAUGCCUGUGACUGGCCCGAACGCGCCUGCUGCGAUCCGACUGUCCCGUGCGAUCCUUGUAUUCCUGGUGUCACUUGUCCACCAACGGGACCAACACCUGCUCCUACUCCUGCUCCCACACCUGCUCCCACACCUGCUCCCACUCCAGCUCCUACCCCUGCUCCAACCCCUGCUCCUACCCCUGCUCCAACCCCAGCUCCAACCCCAGCUCCCACACCGGCUCCAACUCCAGUUCCCACUCCAGGACCAACGCUGCCGGAUACGCCAUGCGAUCCUGGUGUAACGUGCCCGUUGAACUGCGUCGCAAAUGUGCUCUGCCCGCCACGGGACGGUCCAACGCCGAUCCUGCUGCCGAGUACCACCUGCAGUAAGUUCUACAAGUGCCAGACGGGUCGUGCCUGCGAGUUCGAUUGCCCGACCGGGCUCCACUUCAACGCCAAGUCGAUGGUUUGUGAUUGGCCACAUCAGGCGUGCUGCGAUCCGACUAUCGAAUGUAUCCCGGGUUGCAUUCCCGGAGUUACCUGCCCUUGA